AUGCCUCCAAAGAAGAACAAGCAACAAGCCAAGCCGGCUAAGAAGAAGGACAAUGUUGACAAGACUUUUGGUAUGAAGAAUAAGAAUAGGUCUACAAAAGUGCAAAAAUUUAUAAAGCAGGUGCAACAGCAAGCUGAUCCCGAGAAGGAGGAAAUGAAACGUAAAAAGCUGGAGGCCAAGAAGCUGCAAGAAGCAGCAGAAGCUGAAAGAAGGGCCCUUUUCAAUCCUGUUAUGGACCAAAGAGUUCGUGCCGGUGUCGAUCCAAAGACUGUUCUUUGUGCACUUUUCAAGCUUGGUAACUGUAAUAAAGGUGAUAAGUGUAAAUUUUCGCACGAUUUGAACAUCGGGAGAAGGGUGGAGAAGAAGGAUCUUUAUCAGGAUGCCAGGUCUGAGAAGGAAGGUGACACUAUGGAUCAAUGGGAUGAAGAGAAAUUGAGAAGUGUUAUUUUGUCUAAACAUGGUAAUCCAAGGACAAGCACGGAUAAAGUUUGUAAAUAUUUCAUCGAAGCUGUCGAAAAUGGUAAAUACGGUUGGUUUUGGGUUUGUCCAAACAAUGGUGAUAAAUGUAUGUAUAGACAUUCCUUACCUGAAGGUUUUGUGCUGAAGACCAAGGAACAGAAACGUCUUGAAAAAGAAGCAUUGGAAAAUCAGCCAAAGAUCACAUUGGAAGAGUUUCUUGAUACUGAGAGAAACAAAUUGGAUAAAACCAAACUUACACCAAUUACCAUUGCAAAUUUUGCUGAAUGGAAGAAAAAUCAUAUUAUUAGAAAGAUUAACGCCGAGAAGAAAGCUAAUGAGAAGAGGAAACCAUGUGGCCGUGAAGUCAUUCAAAAGUUAUUAGCCGAAAACAAACAUAUCGAGGAAAGAUAUGGUUCUGUUAUGGAAGACGAUGAAGGUACGGCGUGGGAUUUAACGGAAUUUACAGAUGCGUUAAGAGAAGCUGAGCAUAGGGAUGACGACGGUAUCAAGGACUAUGGUGACGGUAGCAAUCCCACAUUCGAGGUUAGAGCCAACUAA